AGUUCGUUUCAUAUAAAGCGAACUACAUCAUUGGCUCUCUUAUUUAGCUGCAAGGAAACGCGCCCUAUAUGUUCUCGAGGGCUUAAAAUGUUUUGAUUUAUUUACUUCCAUUCAUCAUCAACCGAAAUAACAUUAUUGCCGUUUAAUACCGUAUUUACGUAAAAAUAAUGUAACAAACUUUGGGGAAAUUAUUUUAAAAUAGAUUUGUUAUAAAAUAAAAGUAUUACGAGAGUUGGCAACACGAAAUCGAUUAUUCCGGUAUCGUUUGUUAACGUUGACUAGUCUUCUGCUAGAAAAAAGAUGGAAUGGUUACAAACUUUACGAAUUUCUCGAAUUAUAUCGCGUUUAGAAUCUUUGGGAAGAUUUUUUACAGCUAGGGGAAUAUUUAUUUGCGUUUUGGGAUUUAAUUGGCUCCUGUAUCUAUGGGAAACUUAUUUGUCUGCUAGGCAGUACAGAGUGUACAAGAAUGCCGCUUCGGUGCCUCCCGAGUUGAUCGGAAUCAUGGAUCAGACCACUUUCAACAAGGCUCGUGCCUAUCACUUGGAUACGGCCAAAUUUUCUUUUUUCUGUUCCUUGGUCAAGCAGUUUGUGACCACGGCUGUACUCUUCUUUGAGGUCAAUUAUCACAUAUGGUAUUUGAGUGGAAAAACAAUUGCUCAUUUUGGAUAUGGAUCUGAGUAUGAGAUAACUCAAACUCUAGUUUUUGUGUUCCUGGCAAGUUGUUUGAAUUUGAUAAUAGAUCUUCCUUUCUCGGCUUAUGGCAAUUUUGUCAUUGAAGAACGACAUGGAUUCAAUAAACUGACACCAACAUUCUUCAUUACUGAUAAAUUGAAGAAGUUUUUAGUGAUCAUGAUGAUUGCAUUGCCAGUAUCUGCAUGUGUUGUACAAAUUGUUAAAAUAGGAGGAGAUUAUUUUUUCUUAUAUUUGUGGUUAUUCUCUGUGGCAAUUACUUUGGCAGCAAACUUUCAUAAGUUCAGCAAGUCUUACAAAAAAACUUGGAAAUGUGAAGAUUGCAAAUUAGUGAAAAUUGUUAAGAACAAUGCAAAUUGGACACAGGAACUGGAAGACGACAGAGAACUGGGUUCCAAACGCUCUGCUCAUAGCAAUGCUUUCUUCUAUGGGUUUUAUAAAAACAAAAGAAUUGUUUUGUUUGAUACUCUUAUUAAAGAUUAUGAGUCUAAAGAGGACAAGGAACAUUCUGAUAAGCAGAAUAAAGGUGGUUGUAAUAAUGAUGAAAUUCUUGCCGUAUUGGGUCAUGAAUUGGGACAUUGGAAAUUAAACCAUAAUUUAAAAAAUAUAGCAAUUGCACAAGUUAAUUUGCUGAUAUGUUUUAGUGUUUUUGCACUAUUAUUUAAGAAAAAGGUUCUAUAUGCAGCAUUUGGCUUUCACACCGAACAGCCCAUCAUGAUUGGUUUGCUUAUAAUAAUACUGUACAUUUUAGCUCCUUAUGAUGAGAUACAUUCUUUCUUGAACACUGCACUGAGUCGCCACUUUGAAUACCAAGCCGACGCCUUUGCCAAAUCGAUGAACAAAGCUGCCGAUCUGAGAGGUGCACUGAUAAAGUUAAACAAAGAUAAUCUGGGAUUUCCAUUAAAUGAUUCUUGGUAUUCCACUUGGCAUCACAGUCAUCCCUCACUCCUAGAAAGAAUUAGAGCAUUGGGUAAAAUCGAUUAAAACGUCAACAUGGACUAGAUUUGAAGAAGUGGUAAGAAGCGGUUUUCUCUUCAUCUAGGACCAGAAAUGUUUGUGAACAAUUUGAGAAUAAUGAUUAUUUAGUAAUACUUUUUAAAUAAUGAGAAAUGUUUGAAUUGACAUUCCAUAUUUUCUUAACCAAUAUAAAAUUUUAAUACACUAUAUUAUUCAAAAUUUAGUAUGACAUUUUCCUGUCUUUAAUGAUGUAUAAAUUAAGACAAAAACACAAAAUUAUUUUCUAAAAAAUAUUAAAUUCAGAAAUUAAGAUUAUUUGAAAAAUUCUAAAAGUUUUAAUAAUAAAUUUUGAAUUUCUCUAUCUAAACCCUCAAAGAAUUUUGUCUAUUUACCGUGAGUUAAAACAUUGCCCAAAGAAUGUAUUCAUUUGUCAUCCAAAGUGCCUAAAGUUAAUUGCAUGUUUUAAUUUAUAGUAAUUUAAUCAUUUUAUCAAUUUAAAUCUAUGUAUUGUUUUAUACUAUUAAAACAUAAGCUCAGAAUAAUUUGGUGUAAUAUUUAUAUUGUCCGAGUCAA